GCGAAAGGGUGUGUGUUUUGAAGGUUGUAUUUAUCUCGCUAACAUCACAUUACAAGGAGUACACUUGCGGAGGGAUAACAUUCGAAGCCACUGUUGGAGCUAGAAACAUGUGUGAUGGAUGGAGCCACAGCUCCUUAAACUGACUGAGUUCAAGUAAGGUCUUGUCGGGACAGGGUACGGGCGCAUACACGGAUGCGAAAGCAUGGAAUGCAGUUCAAAUAUCUAUGAUCCCCCCACACAAUUGCAACGUGACAGUUCUAAACGUUUCAUUCAAGGUCAACAUUGGACUUCGGUCAGCUGUAACCGUGGACAUUAUCGAUGAUAUUUAUAUUAUGGUGGAACAAGAAUCGUAUGAGCAGCAUCUUUUUUUUUUUACCGGUCGGCGGUGAGCAAUGACAUCUUUCGCGGAAGAGAUUUAACCUACGCUGUCAGUAUCUGAAGCAAGAUUUCGGACCAAGUUUUCAAUUCAAAGUUAUGAUAUUUAGGAGAGGGUGUGUAAACUUGCUAACUAACACAGCGCCGUAGCCGUGUCUUGAGCUCUCGGUUGUCUGGACGGAUAGCUAGCUCAGGCACCUUCGACGUUUCCUGCUUUCGCGAACGUUGUUAGCCAGCUUGCUACAGUACAUGGAACUGCCGCAUCCAUCUCGAAUAUCUCACUAAAGUUGCCUAGCUAGCCAGCCAGUUGUCGAACAUGGAUAUGUUGUCGGUCCUUUGGAAAACCAGUUGCUAGUGAGGAAAGUGUGUUCAUUACACGCUAACUACACGAUUUCCAGCUCACCCCCCAAAAUUAUUUUAAGUUAUAAAAACGAAUUGCAACAUGUCUGUUCGCGUAGCUUUACACUCACCCACUGGCUCCAGAAGUUUUCUGGAGCGGGGACUCCUACUUCUGGUGAUGUUGAUCUUCCUGGAGGGCACCGUACUGACGCUUGGAGCUGCAAGCUCACCGGACAUCAGCGCGCAGGAAAACACUGGAGGAGGACACGACCGCCGCGACGACCACCGAGGGACAGCAGGCAGCCACGAACAUACGAACUACACGUACACAAAAAAGGCCUUCCCCGUCCUGUCUCUAGAUUACCAUCACAUACAGGUGCCUUUCGAAAUCUCGUUGUGGGUGUUGCUGGCCUCAUUAAUGAAAUUGGGGUUCCACCUGAUCCCCCGGCUGUCCAGCAUCGUGCCCGAGUCCUGUCUGCUCAUUGUGGUGGGCCUCCUGGUCGGCGGCCUCAUCAAGCUGGCGGGCGAGGAGGUACCCCCCGUGCUGGACUCCAACCUCUUCUUCCUGUGCCUCCUCCCCCCGAUCAUCCUGGAUGCGGGCUACUUCCUGCCCAUCCGGCCCUUCAUGGAGAACAUCGGCACCAUCCUGAUGUUCGCCGUGGUCGGCACCCUGUGGAACGCCUUCUUCGUAGGGGGUCUCCUCUACGCCGUGUGCCAGAUCGAGGGCACAUACCUGAGCCAGGUGGAGCUGCUGCCCUGCCUGCUGUUCGGGAGCAUCAUCUCAGCCGUGGACCCGGUGGCCGUGCUGGCUGUGUUUGAGGAGAUCCACAUCAACGAGCUGCUGCACAUUCUGGUGUUCGGAGAGUCGCUGCUCAAUGAUGCCGUCACUGUGGUCUUAUACCACCUGUUUGAGGAGUACUCUGGUGCAGGUGAGGUAACGCUGAUGGACGUGGUCCUCGGGGUCAUCUGCUUCCUGAUUGUGUCGCUGGGGGGCAUCGCCGUGGGCGCCAUCUACGGUAUCCUGGCGGCCUUCACCUCCCGGUUCACCUCGCACACCCGCGUCAUCGAGCCCCUCUUCGUGUUCGUUUACAGCUACAUGGCCUACCUCUCGGCCGAGAUGUUCCACCUGUCUGGAAUUAUGGCGCUGAUUGCAUGCGGCGCUGUGAUGCGACCCUACGUGGAGGCCAACAUAUCCCACAAGUCCCACACCACCGUCAAGUACUUCCUGAAGAUGUGGAGCAGCGUGAGCGAGACCCUCAUCUUCAUCUUCCUGGGCGUGGCCACGGUGGCCGGGCCGCACGCCUGGAACUGGACCUUUGUCUCCGUCACCGUCAUCCUUUGUCUGGUGUCACGUGUCAUUGGCGUGGUGGGCCUUACCUUUAUCAUCAACAAGUUCCGCAUCGUCAAGCUGACCACCAAGGACCAGUUCAUUGUGGCCUACGGUGGCCUGCGAGGGGCCAUUGCCUUCUCCCUGGGCUACCUGCUAGACAAGGACCUCUUCCCCAUGAGGACCAUGUUCCUCACCGCCAUCAUCACCGAAAUCUUCUUCACCGUGUUUGUACAGGGCAUGACUAUCAAACCCCUGGUGGACCUGUUGGCCGUGAAGAAGAAGCAGGAGGCCAAGCGCUCCAUCAAUGAGGAGAUCCACACCCAGUUCCUGGACCAUCUGCUGACUGGCAUUGAGGACAUCUGUGGACACUACGGCCAUCAUCACUGGAAAGACAAGCUAAACCGCUUCAACAAGAAGUACAUAAAGAAGUGCCUGAUAGCGGGCGAACGCUACAAGGAGCCGCAGCUCAUCGCCUUCUACCACAAGAUGGAGUUCAAGCAGGCCAUCGAGCUGGUGGAGAGCGGCGGGGGCGUCAAGCUGCCCUCCGCCAUGCCCUCGCAGGUCUCCAUGCAGAACAUCCAGCCCAAGAAGCUGCCGCCCGCUGUAGCAGAGCGGGCCCUGCCUCAGUUCACCAAGGGCCGUGAGGAGGAGAUCAGGAAGAUCCUCAGGAGUAACCUGCAGAAGACCCGCCAGAGGCUGCGCUCCUACAACCGACACACUCUCGUGGCUGAUCCUUUCGAGGAUGGAUGGAACGACUUCCUCCUGAAGAAGCAGAGGAUGAUCGAGCUAGAGAAGAAGAUGACAGAGAUGAGUAACUACCUCACGGUCCCUGCCGCACCUCCCGACUCCCCCACCAUGUGCAGAGCCAGACUGGCCUCGGACCCCAACGCCUUCUACAACAUCAAGGCGUCUUCAGAAGGCGUCCCCACCAUCCAGGUGGACCUAGCCUCCCCCCAGUCCCCGGACUCUGUCAACAUGCUGAACGAGUUCUCCAAGCGGGGUGCCACGGGCCAGGGCCUGGGUCAGAGGGAGCGGGCCACCCGGGAUGAGGACCAAGGCCUGAUGAUGAAGCCGUCCUCAGCCGGGAAAGAGGAGAAGGGAGAGGAAGAGGGGGGAAACAAGAACCCAGGGCUGAUGAGGUGUCUGAGUGACCCGGGCCCUAGUAAUGAGGACGAGGAGGAUGAACCAUUCCUUCCCUAAAAAACAACUAGCUCCUCCCAUUGUGAGGAAUAGGGAGGGGCCUGGUUGCAACAGCUCCUCCCCCUGAGCGGGGCACUACAGGGGAAAGGUCCUCCUUUCACUCCACCACCACCUCAUUUGAGUUUGCUAUCCCAUUGGUUGAGGAACCAAUAAAGCCAAAACUGUUAAGGACUUAGGACAUAACUUGUUUUAUGAACCAAAAGAGAAAAGGAGACUAAAUAGCCAUCUUUUUUCAAUAGUUGUCAUUGCUCUUUUUUCAUUUUUUAAGUGAUCGGAAGGAAGAUCACCGCCUUGGGUGAUCUUGGGUUUGGUGGGAAUUAGCCCGAAUGACGGGGGAACAUAAUUAUGCGUUACCAAAGUUUUGGACUGGUGACAAUGUUUCACAUUUGUUUUCAUAACGUUUACGAUCGUUCUUCUACUUUCAAGAAAAGUUAGCCUUAUUCUUUUUGUCAGACACAGAAACUCCUUUUCACUUGGUGCAUUUGAUCACACAAUUAACUGCUUGUUUUGAAUUUCAGGGUUAAUAUGAGACUGUUGUUUAUGUGGUUGUCUUUUGUCAUCGUUUGUCAUUCAGUUGGUCAGAGUUCUACUUGGUGUACUCGGUGCUGUACACUGGAUGUACUUCACACUGGAUGUAAUGUUUUCACUGUGCUAAUCUCGACGGACCUCUCUCUUCACCACCUCGCCUAUGGAGACCCUAAGGCAAGCGCAGACUUGGAAAUGUUGAGAUGCAAACCUGGCAUCGCCUCUAUUUUAAUUGAACGUACGAAAUCGGCAGCAUCACUGAGACGUGUAUGCUGUGCAGUAUAAGCUCAUUUACAUAAAAGAAGGAUUGUGAUGCAACACCAAGAUAUUUGUUGAUCUUGAAUGGACUUAACUCCCCUAUAUAUAAGCCAAUCCCUAAAAUCACACCAAAUACUGUUAUCCUCCUGACACCCAGCCAAAAAAGGUUUUGUAAUGUCUUAAUUUUGUGUUUUGAGUUCAAAUAAUUUACAAAGACAAAUUUGCGUGUGCGCUGUAGUGGACAAAAAGAAACGGUUGAUAGUAAAUAUGAAAAAAUGUAUAUUACAGUAAAUGGGUACAGUAGGUAAACAUAUUUGUCACAUCAUGUGGUCCUCUAAACCAGCUCUUAUUUAAACGUGGGAAAAUGAUUACACUGCUCGGAAAACUCACCAAAUUAUUUGUAAGAUAUUUACUCGAAGCAAUUUGAAUAUCAAACUCACAAAAAUUAUAAUUACGCACUUAUCUUCUUACCACAACACAUGCUAAUUGUGUUGGCAGCCAUUUUGAAAUCCCAGGAAGAGAAAGUUAUGUGGCAUGAUAAAGAGUGUACAAAAAUGAUUUGGUGGGUCUCAGGAAGAUAUGUUCCUUUUAAGAAAAUGCUCUAGUAUGGGCCAUUUCAGAACCAUUUUGUGGUGUUUUCUCCGUAUUCUCUUGCCGGUAGUCGCAUCUUACAAUUCAUCUUACAUCUUAUGGGUUUGAUCUAUUCUUUACUCUCUUGCACCUUAUUUACAUCAGCUGUUUUUGACAUUUUUAUUUUUAAAAGACCCUGUUGCCAGUUUAACGUUCCCCAUUGGUUCUUAGCACUCCCCUUUUGAAAAUCUAGUGUUCCAUAGACAUUUGGGGUUUUAGGCAUCGCUGUAAAGGAUAUGAGGUGUGAGGUGACUAUGGAUGUUUAUCGUCCAACCACCUCAAUGGCCAAUAAUAUAUAAUUAAUUUAACCUUCAUUUAUCCAGGCGAGUCUAUUAAAAACAAAUUCUUACACUCUGACUACACCGGCUGUGCAUGCGUCCACCAUCGCGCGUAUGUUGAGUUUUUGUCAAUCCACACCAGACGUGAUAAUGACACGCAGGUUAAAAUAUCAAAACCAACUGUCCAUUUGGGGCAAGUCGAAACACAAAACACUCACAGACAUUUAGCCAGCUAGCUCUUGCUAGGUAGUUUGUCCUAGGAGAUGGACAUUUAGCCAGCUAGCUCUUGCUAGGUAGUUUGUCCUAGGAGAUGGACAUUUAGCCAGCUAGCUCUUGCUAGGUAGUUUGUCCUAGGAGAUGGACAUUUAGCCAGCUAGCUCUUGCUAGGUAGUUUGUCCUAGGAGAUGGACAUUUAGCCAGCUAGCUCUUGCUAGGUAGUUUGUCCUAGGAGAUGGACAUUUAGCCAGCUAGCUCUUGCUAGGUAGUUUAUCCUGGGAGAUGGACAUUUAGCCAGCUAGCUCUUGCUAGGUAGUUUGUCCUAGGAGAUGGACAUUUAGCCAGCUAGCUCUUGCUAGGUAGUUUGUCCUAGGAGAUGGACGUCGGGUUGUUAUUUUACCCGACAUGCAUAUGGUCCUAUUAUUAGCUGGUUCUUUCUAGAACUUUUGACCCGGAGUGUUUCUCUACUCCGACGUCUAAUCCGUAGAUGAAAAAGGGAAACCUAGUUAGUUUUUAGUUCGUUGUCUUUAGUGAAUCUCUCCUCGUUUUGUCUCAAGCUUUCGCGUGGGUUUGUGUCUUCCUGAUAUCCAAUGAGGAGGGGACUUGCAGCGCGACUCUAAUAGAACAAAGUUGUAUUUUAGCUCUUGGCUACGCAGACCCUUCGUCACGCGAGCGAGUACCACAUGGCCGGUGAAUGAUGGCCUGGAGAUACAGGCAUGAGGACAUGGGCAAAACUAGCUAUUCAAUGCAGUAUAUUGGUGUAAAAUGUGCAUAGCGAUUAUUUUGAUUAUAACCAUUUUUAAUUGAACGAUGCCCUUUAAAGCAAAUGCCAUGCUGUAAUGUCGACGCAAACGAAGAGGACAUCGCUCCUCUGCUAACAUUGAGGUCUAUAACCAUCUCGGGCAGUGCGCUAGCUAGUUGUAAGCAAAUUCACACCUGAACGCAAGAGCCAAUACCUAUUCUGCUCGCACGACAGCGUAAAGCUAAACUAGGGUUUGCGUAAGACUAUGAAAACCUUGACGUGUACAGUAUAUGGUUGUAUAGGUAUUAUGUAUACAGUACAUUGCUUCUCUUUUCUAUACAAAACCAUAAGAUCAAAAGGAACAAUUUAAUAAUUUGAUUUGAUUUUGAUUCAAAAGACUGCUUGCUAUAUUGUCAAUGUGAUUACUGUCGCUCAUCGAUCUGAACAUCUCAAGGGGACAUUCAACCACUUUUAGGUGCAAAGUACAUUGCACCUAACAUUGAUUCAAUAGCAUAGCAUAGCAACCCCUCAACCCACCUACUGUACAACCAUCUUAGAUUUGUAGCGUGAGUGACAACUUUAGCUGGAGUCUGUAUCUGUCUCAACUAGAGAAGCCUAAGAUGUCCAAGACCGUGGCCUAGUUUUCUGGUUGUCACCUUCCUCUCUGACUUCCAUGUAUUGUCACUUUAUGCCCAUAAAGAGAGCGAGCGAGAGAGUCUUGUUACAGCUGAGGAGAGGAGGAUGGAGGAGAGAGAGGGGUCUCCUUACAGCUUAGGGGAGGAGAGUGAGAGGGAGGGAGAGGUGCACGGUGGUUACUGAGGUUACGGUAGAGAGGCGAACAUGAGGACGGGGUGACGACGUAAUGGCGUGCUUCUAAGAAACUGUGGCCACUCGUGCACAUAAAGUACUACAUUGUGUGUUUGUGUGUGUGCGUGGUGUUCUCCUUUCAUGUCCCCAUUCACUCACAUGGGCAUUGCAGUGGCGGAUUCUUGUAGGUUGAGUCCAGGAAGGUAAAAUAGAUCUUCACUGAAACCAAAUUGAAUGAAUGAUAUGUUGAAAUGUCAGAGCUUGUUGUCAAGGACAGGCUGCUUUGGCUGUGAGAGUUAGACGAGGACAAGGUCUUAUUGAUCAGAGAGGGGUUUAAAAUGAAUCUUUACGUAAUGAUUGACAUUUGAUACUUCCCUGGCAGAUUUUUCUCUCCAUUGUAUUGUUAUUUAAACGACCAGAAAUGUAGUAUAGUAUGAACAUGACAUUUACAAGUUUUCCAAAACAGGUUCUGUAAGUGCAGCCAUAGAAAGUCAACGUUCGCUUGGCAACUAGCCUUGGAAAUUGUUUCUAAGCCCCCUUUUUUUUUAUUAGCCUUCGUGCUAGUGGAAGAGCAGUUUACCUCAACGCUUUCCAAUCGCUCUUUUAUUUGGCCACCACUUAAAGACCUUCAAUGGUUUCCUGCUGGAAAGGAGGAACUACUCUUAUCAUGAGUGUUCAGAAGACCGACCUUUAAAUUUAUACUGAACAAAAAUAUAAGUGCAACAUGCAACAAUUUCAAAUAUUUUACCGAGUUACAGUUCACAUGAGGAAAUCAGUCAAUUGAAAGCAAUUCAUUAGGCUCUAAUCUAUGGAUUUCACAUGACUGGGAAUACAGAUAUGUACCUGUUGGUCACAGAUAACUUUAAAAAAAUAAAAAUAAAUGGGCCUCACGAUGGGCCUCAGGAAUUUAUCACCGUAUUUGUUUUGAGCAUUCAAAAUGCCAUUGAUAAAAUGCAAUCGUGUUCGUUGUCCGUAGCUUAUGCCUACCCAUAUCAGAACCCCACCAACACCAUGGGACAUUCUGUUCACAACAUUGUCGUCAGCAAACCACUCGCCGACAACACCCUACAUAUGAUGUGUGGUUGUGAGGCUGGUUGGACGUACUGACAAACUCUAAAACGACAUUGGAGGUGGGUUAUGGUAGAGAAAUGAACAUUCAAUUCUCUGGCAAAAGCUCUGGUGGACAUUCCUGCAGUCAGCAAUUGCACACUCCCUCAACUUGAGACAUCUGUGGCAUUGUUGUGUGACAAAACUGCACAUUUUAGAGUGGCCUUUUAUUGUCCCCCGCACAAGGUGCACUUGUGUAAUGAUCAUGCUGUUUAAUCACCUUCUUGAUAUGCCAUACCUAUCAGGUGGAUGGAUUAUCUUGGCAAAGGAGAAAUGCUCACUAACAGGGAUGUAAAACUAAUAUGUGCACAAUCUUUGUCGAAAUAACCUUUUUGUGCGUAUAUAACAUUUCUGGGAUCUUUUAUUUCAGCUCAUAAGACAUUGGACCAACACUUUACAUGUUGCGUUUAUAUUUUUGUUCAGUGUAGUUGCCCGGUGCAUGUAGGCUAUCUUAAAAUCAUAGUCAGGGUGUUUCUCACCCAACCAUAUUGUGCACCAAUGGUUUAAACACAGAUUUUUCCAUCCAAACAGUUUUUGUAUCAAAGCAAGCCCCGGUUGGUGUCUGAAAAUCAUGCAGUGUGUUUGUAACACUCUCUGCAUCGUUAUGUUUUCGUUCCUUGCAGACAACUAAAUCUCAAGCCAUACAACCUGUCUAGGGACUUUAAUAUUAAUUGGUGUGUGACAAUGCUAUGUCUGUCACGUUGCAGCAGCCUUUGUUCAAUAUUUCCUGUAGGGAAGGAAGGUGAACAUUUAUAAGUGGCUUCAAUGUCUUGCUUCACUGAUUUCCUUAAUUGUUCAAAUGCAAAUUAAUUUUUGUUUCCUUUCUCAGCUCCACGCUGAAUAAUUUUCACAUUUAAUGGAUUGUUGAAGCAAAGUCUGUAUAAAUUCUCUGGCCUCGUUUGUAAGUGGGUUCAGGAAUCACAAGGAGGAGGGUUAUCCAGGACUAAGUUUGGCCAUGCUUGUGGUUCUGUCUGCAUUAUGCGUGCUUUACAUGUGUUUAUUUGCAUUUGUAUAAUUGCUGCUACAUGUGAUUUUUUUUUCCAUUCGGUUCACAUGCUUUAUUUGGGAUCCUUUGCUAUGUGUUCUACGAUGUGUUAAUGUGCUUCAUUUGGGUUCAUUUGCUUUAUAUUGCUUCUAGUACUUUAUAUUUGGUUCACAUGCUUUAUUUGGUUUUAUACACUUUUUUACAUUGGCUCCAUGUGCUUUAUAUUGCUCCAUGUGCUUGACAUGGGUCUAUGUGCUUUUUAAAGUCACUCCAUCUUAUGGUUGGCUACCUUACUGGAACCGAACCAGACUGACAUUAAGAGACCAAACGCUUCAUUCAUCUGAACUAGUGUCGUUACAAAAUGAUUGUUCUCCUUGCAUUGAUAGGUUGGAGCACUAGAUCAUGGGGUAUAAAAACAACCUCGAUAGGACUAUGAUGGUUGACGAUCUGUCAGAAGGUCAUGUUUAUUAUGGCCUGACACGUUACUGGCUGUACUGUAAAAGAGCUUUUUUUCCUUUUCUCCUGCUGAGAAUGGACAGGUGGUUGGACUUGAAUAAUUAUUCCACAGUCAUCAUUUGCAUAUGUCCAAAGGAAUUUGAUUGUCAAAAAAAAAAAACUUCUCAGAGUGAUCUCACUCCUGACGUGCACAUGUGGAUAUAACAUCUUAAUUAAACAUACUGCAGCCUGGAACAUUAUAAGCGAUCAACAAAGCAGAGCAAUGUAUGUAGACUUCCUUUCCUUACCUCUGAGUCUGUAACAAUUUGCCACACCAUAUUGAUAAAAGCACUUUAACCGAUACCUUUUAACUCAAAUCACUCACGUUAAAGCAAGGAAGCAAUAAGAACGGGUAUUUUUGUUCACACAGGCUUUGCAUGGCUAGUGUAACACGGGAUGUAUGUGUGGCAUUAAUAGUUUACGGUAAGGUCAGGUACGAAUUUGGAUCUGUCUAUGCCACAUGCAAGACAGGGAUGCAGCGAUGCAGUCUAACGUUGACUUAAAUCAGACUAGGAUGAAUGCUUUUCUUCGUGAAUUCCCUUGCUCUACUGCAGAUGGCGUCCACAGCAUGGCGAUUGUAUUUCCCACCAGCCACUCAUCUUUUUUUUUGUGUGUGUGUGUUUUUCUUCUUCUCGUAGAUCUCUGUUUUAAUGUCGGCUAAUUGAUCUCCAGUGAUUUGCAAUGUGUACUUCGCAAUAAUACAAAUAUUUUAUUUUCUAUACAAGUGAAUUCAAAUCUAUAAGUCUAUGUUAUAUAAAUAUAUAAUGUUACUGUAAAAUAUCAAACUGUAUGGAAAAAUGACACUAGUGACAACUGUGCACUGUAUUGUUGGUUAGCCUAGCUUAAGCAUUCCAAACCUUGGAUUACGAAAACAAACUAAUGCAGUGAUGUUGAAAUGAAACAAUAUACCAAAUUAAAGUUGUAAUUUAUCAAAAUA